AAUCAAGUUUUAUGAAAGAGUUUCAGCUUUUUAUUUACUUAUUUAUUCAUCGAUACUUUUGUUUACCGAAAAGCUUUUGAGAAGGAUUGAUCGAGUUGCUAUUCCGCUGUAAUAACACAUGGCUACAAUUCGCGGUAUUCUAAUAGUUCCUGUGCUGCUUUUACUCUUCCUGUUCCAUGUACAGUCUUCAUCAUAUUUCCAAAAAUUAAGGUGUAAACAAAUUGAACGAUGCGAUGAAAGUUUGACUAACUCGACAUUAAGGUUUCUAAAUAGUCCAAACCCAUUCGAGUUUUUUCGUGAGAUAUCUAAACUUAAGACAAAAAAUAAGCUAAAAAAUGGCUCAUGUGAUUCGAGUCUCGAUGGAUCUUCUUGUCGUGAUGAACGUAAAAUUAAAUCAAGUCAAAUUUAUUCUGAUACUGUAGCUGAUGAUAAAUCUAAUGUUCAGUGUGGUGGUGUCUUGAAUUCGGCAAAUGGAAUUGUGACCUCACCAAAUUAUCCUCAUCCAUUCAAUGUCUCUAGUGAAUGUCUUUGGAAGAUUAAAACAUCAGAUGGAUCUCGUUUGGUUGUUAAUCUAAUUGAUUUGGAAUUAGAUUCUUCUCUUAAUUGUACUCAAAAUGUGUUAAUCAUUUACGAUGGACCAACUGAUCAAGACUCUCAACUAUUAGUUGCUUGUAAUCAGAAACAACUUGAUAAUAAUUUGAUUACUUCAAGAGGCAACGAGUUGACAAUCAAGUUGAUCACAAAUGAAUCAACAGAUUAUGUCAAAGGUUUUAAAUUUUCUUAUGAAACUGAUUGUAAUAAUUUCAUUGAAGACAUAAGUGGAUCAAUAGAGAGUCCAAUCAACCAGAGCUCAAAGAGUCUUAAUUGCUCUUGGACAAUUAAAGUACCAAAAGGAAACAAUAUAAGUUUGGUUAUUGAGAAGUUUAAAUCCUCUGAUUCAUCUUCAUGUUCAACAAGUUACUUAUCAUUCAUCGAUAAUCAGACAACUAAAACAUUUUGUCAAUCAAUUGAUGUCACAGAUUUGGAUCCAGUUUUUAUCACUGAUAAUCAAGUACAAAUUGACUUUGUUAAUCUUAAUCCUGAUCAUCAAUUAUAUUUCCGAUUAGAGUGGAAACCAGUUGGAUGUGGUGGUGACAUUUAUGGAAGUGAAGGUGAAUUGGUUUCUCCUAAUUAUCCCGAUUCUUAUCCAAAUGGACUCAUUUGUCUGUGGACUAUUCAUGGUAAACCAGGUCAUAAGAUCGAAAUGUACAUUUACGAAUAUCAAAUCGAAAGAAAUGACUCUUUACAAAUAUUCGAUGGACCGAAUACAAGGUCACAUCGCCUUUUGAACCUUUCAGGUAACCUUUAUGUGCCACUACAAAUUUCAACGAUCAGAAAUGAAGCAACAAUAUUUUUGGAAGUCGAUGAAAAUUUCAAUGGAAAAGGAUUCAGAUUGAACUACAAAGCCGUAAAAAGUAAUCGAUGUGACUUCAGUUACCAUACAAUCAAAGGCUCGAUUGCUUCACCUAAUUAUCCAAACCGUUUUGUUGAACAGAGCUCAUGUCGAUGGGCACUUUCUAAUGAUGAAGCUUAUGUUGCAGUCAUAAUUGAAGAUCUGGAUAUUCCCUGGUCAAUCAACUGUACUGAUUAUUAUCUAAGAUUUUUGACUCCUAAAAAAAAGGAACUCGCUCGAUUUUGUGGUCACUCUUUUCCAACGCAUCCGAUCCAAUCAGAUUCCAGUAACACGAUUUAUGUUGAUUACUAUUCAAAGAGUCAGCACAACGGAAGAGGAUUUAAGGCCAAUUACUUUAUGAACUGUGAUUUAUCGCGGUACAUAUUCCCUUAUCCGUUACCUUUCACUAGUUUACAUUAUCCAGCGACAACGAAUGGCGGCUCAUCAUGUAGCUACCAUUUCAAAUCUGAUAAUUCUUCUGAUAGAACAUAUUUUCAUUUUGUUGAUCUCGCAAUUAAGUCCAACUUGGAAAGUUACUUGGAGAUACACGAAGAAACAUCGAAUGGCUCAACACAAGUAGUUCGAUACAAUGACUCGGAUCUCCCAUUACCUCGUAUUUAUGGAGCACCGUUUCAUAUUCACACUAAAGGUGAUGUUAUCUUCAAGUUCACGCAUUUUAGAGAUUUGGAUAAUUGUUCAUCUGAGCUAAAUAGUUGGGAAGGAACAUUUAGUUCACCAGGAUAUCCGAAUGAUUAUCCUCCUUCUCGAACUUGUGUUUGGAAAAUUAAUCUUGCUCCAGGUAAUUUUAUCUUUUUGAAGUUUCACUCAUUUGAUAUUCAAUAUGAUCAAUUCUGUGCUUUGGAUCAUUUGGAGAUUCGAGAAGAAAAUGAAUCAGGUAAACUCAUUGGCCGAUUUUGUGGAUCAAAUUUACCUCAAUUAAACUCGACUCAAUAUUAUCCAAGUUUAUGGAUUAGAUUUAAAUCUCAUGCUAAUGGUUCAGCUUCUGGAUUCAAAGCUUCAUACAAAACAAUCAAAGAUGUGAAAAUUAACUCUGAUUCAGGUAAAAUUGGAUCGUUUGCUUAUCCAAGAUUAUUUUCAUCGGAAAACAAUCAAAGUUGGACAAUUAAGACCAGUGACUUUAAUAAGAUUAAGUUCAAAUUGGAAUCAAUUGAUAUUCUCGAUGAUUCGUUUGACAGCUCAUGUACUAAUUCAAGUGUCACGAUUUAUGAUGGUCCGUCAGUGAACAGUUCGAUUCUCGGUCAGUUUUGUGGUUAUCGUACUGGUGACCUUCCAAUUUAUACAACUUCUUCAAUCGCCUAUGUCCAUUUCAAGCCUAACUUUUACAUUUCUAGAUUCUUGUUGAGUUGGACAUCGGUCAGUGAGAAUAUUCCAUUUCCGCUUAUUGAUGAUCCUAACUAUCUGUGUAAAUAUACUGCGAGUCUUAAACUUAAUCAAAACUUGACUUUACUCUCAAGUUCUUACCCGAAUGAUUUGAGUUGUAGUUGGACCAUUUCGAGUCCUAUGGGGACUCAGUUACAAGUCAAAAUUAAUGAGAUGGAUAUUAAGUUACACUCAGACGAAAAAUGUUCCAAAAAUAGAGUCUCUUUUUACGAUUACAGUUUUGACCAUGAAAAAGAUUGGAAAAUCAAUAGAAUAAUUUGCGACUCAAACGAAAAACUAUUCACUCUCCAUGGUAAUCAAUCGUUGAUCUCAUUCUUCAACUACGGCGGCUUAUCAACCAAUCUAAAAGGGUUCAAUAUAACAGUGAGACCGAUUUGUGGUGGUACAUUCUAUGGACCAACGGGUAAUAUCGAUUCGUCUUUACUUGGACCAUUCGAAACUUGUUCAUGGGCAAUCAUUGUACUAAAAGGUCAACGAGUCGAACUUAAAUUCAAAUCUUUUAACUUGGGUUCGUCUGAUAAUCAUUGUGCUAAUGGUUAUUUAAGUAUUCGCAAUGGUAACUUCCCUAACUCUCGAUUCAUUGGACACUAUUGUGGGUCUAAUUUACCUAAAAAAAUAAUAUCCGAUUCGAAUCAAUUUUUUAUAUCAACUUAUGUUCCUGCAUCCGAACAGUUUGAAUUUUCUUUAUCGUAUCGACAAGUAUCAGCUCCAUGUAAGUAUCAUGUGGAACUAAAUGAAUCAAAUCCAUCGGCCAUAAUUCAGCUUCCUGGAUACCCUAAUCCACCUGAUGAAUAUUUUACGUGUGAUUGGGUCAUCAAAGUUCCGAUUGAUAAAGUCAUAAGAAUUGACUUCGAUAUACCGGAUCACGAUAAAAAGUGUGAUUUGAAUACAACUUACGUUGACAUUUAUGACGGUCCAUCGAAUGUACUACCUAAACUUGGGCGAUUCUGUCCAAUAGCUCGAACAACAAGUGUCGUUACAUCAGAUAAUCGUAUGGACAUUCAUUUCGUCACCAAAGGAGGAGCUGGUUCAAGUUCAUUCAAGGCAACAGUGCAUCUUCAUGUUUGUGGUGGUAAUUUUGUUGCCAAUAGAUACAUAUUAGUUAAAAGUCCUUCUUAUCCCGAACCGUAUGGUGCUAACCUUACCUGUAAUUAUAACAUUUACUCAGAAAAAAUAUCUCAAAUUGUGGCUUAUCAAUUGGAAUCAGUCGAUUUACCUUCAAAUGACAAUUGUAGUUCCGGUGAUUACUUAGCAAUUUAUGAAUACGGCCAAUCAGGUGACCUCCUCACUAAAGUUUGUGGCACAAGAAAUUAUACCGAGGAAGAUACUAUAAGUCCUCAAACUAAUCAUCUAUUCAUGGUCUUCAAAUCAGAUUCAGAGAUCGCUGGUAAAGGCUUCAAGAUUUGGUUGACUUAUGGUAAAGACGAUGACUGUAAUGUACUUGUCACUGAAGACACAGGAGUUAUUAGUUCUCCUCGAUUCCCUAAAAUCUAUCCAGGGCCUCGAAACUGUACUUAUAUUUUCAUGGAAACUCCUGAUGAAAGAAUCGUUCUUAACUUCACCCAUUACAACUUAAAAUCAGCUGAUAAUUUAUGUCGAAAUAAACUUCAAAUUGAUUAUAAUCCAAAUAUACUGAUGGACUCAAAGGACUUUUUCAAAUUGGAAAUGACAUCAAAAAAUAUUACACUUCCUUGUGAAUCGAAGUAUACUAAUUAUGUGAUUAAGUCUCCUAAUAAUGUAUUAAUUGUUUACUUCGAAACUUAUUCUGGCCUAGAUGCCGGUCAAGGUUUUAGAGCUGAAUACAGUAAGGAAAAAGCAACAGAAUGCGGUGGCAGAAUUGACUCAAAUUCAACUUCGAUCAUUUCGACAAACUUUUCCCAACCUAUUGAUGAUUCGAGGAUCUCAUGUGUUUGGUAUAUUGAGAUCGAAACAGAUGAAGACAAUGUGUUUGGCUUGAAAAAGCAGAUUACUCCUUGGAUAUCAUUUGAAAAGAUUGAGGUCUUGGGAUCAGCUGAAAACGAUUCAAUUUGUUCUGAUGGAAAAAUAACACUUGGACUCCCCAAAGCUUCGCCUUAUAAUGAAUUGGUAUCAAUCGAGAAUCUUGAAUUUUGUGGAAAUAGUUCUAAGGCGAUAACAGCUAUUUCCCCCAUUUCAAUUGCCUAUUUUAGUCUCUUAACUGCUACUUUCAAUCGGACUCGAGGUUAUCGCGGUUUCGAGGCCACUUAUCAUAUCAGUAAAUGUGGUGGGUCAUUGAAAGCGAACGAAAGUAAUAUAACAUCACCAGGUUGGCCUAAUGAAAACUAUCCGAUCGAUACUGUUUGUGUCUGGUCGUUUGAUGUUCUUGAAGAAACUAAUCCUGUUGUAGAACUCGUGUUUGAAGAGUUCGAACUAGAAGCCGAUUGUUCAAAAGAUUAUGUGGAGAUUUAUGAGUUUAAUAGUAAAAAAACGACUAAAAUUGGUCGAUAUUGUUCAAAGGACAAACCACCGUUCAUUAAGGCUCACAGCGGAAUCUCAAUCGUAUUCAGAAGUGAUGGAGAUACAACAAGUAAAGGAUUUUCGUUAAAUAUAAAAUCUAUUAAGAAUGAAAAUAAUAUUCCUUCUUGUGAUCAGUAUAAGGCCACUUGGGCCAAUUCCUACGACCCCCCUACUUCAUACAAGCCUAAUCAACACUGUGAAGAAAUAUUAGAAGUCGAUCCCAUGUCCCAACUGAACUUGACUUUUGUCAAUCGUUUCGAUAUUGAAAACUCAGUUAAUUGUUCUAAAGAUUAUCUCGAUAUCGAUGAAUGGAGAAACAACUCUUGGCAUCAUUUCGGUCGAUAUUGUGGGUACAAUUCACCAGGAUCGAUAAUCUUCAAAGAGAAUAAAGCAAAACUUAUAUUCCAUUCUGAUGGAGAUGAUCGCCUGGGUGAUGGAUUCAAAUAUUAUUCUACGAAAUAUUGUCGAUCGACUAUCGAUAAAAGAGGAAAAGGUACAAUACAAAGUAAUGGUUAUCCUGAUUCUUAUAGUAUCGAUUACUGCGAAUGGACAUUUAAAGGACAAGAACCAGACGAUAUGAUAAACAUCCAGUUUGAGUUUUUCAGUUUAGGUAGCGAGCUUGAGUGUGAUGAAAACUAUCUACAUGUAGAUGUUUACACGAAAAAUGAACUAACGGGAAUUCAUCAAGUAGAAAGAUAUUGUUGUGUAAAUGAGCCUAAACGAAUAACCUCCCAGGGGAACUUGAAGAUAAUCGCAAAUUCAGUCCAGUUUGUUAUCAGUAAAGGAUUCAAAUUUGAUUAUCAAAUCGUUCCAGCAAAUUUAACAAGUUCACCUUGAGUGUGAUUUUUUCUCCGAAACUUUUCAUUUCCAACCUUUAAUCAUAAUAAACUCCAAGCAAUCAAUGAUCACUGUUAAUAGUCUCUUAAUUUAAGAAUAAAAAGUUCUAAAUUGU